GCUGCUGUAACUGCGCGCGUGGCUUGACUGCGCUGAGAGCUGGAGGGAAAAAAAGGAAAAAAAACACCCGAAGAAAAAAAAACGUUGAUCUGAGGUUCGAGGCCGGAUUUGGACAAAGUUUCCCAACUGUCCCGACCCGAGGAAGCUCCGGGGGGGUCGACUGGGAAUCGAUCUGACCGCGAGAUGAGCAGAGAGUGAGGACCGGAGGCGUAAAGCAGGGCAGCGGACGGUGUUUGUGUUUACUAAGCGGACAUGCUGGUGGAGCUUGUGAACACUCAGGCCUCCGUGUAGCUCGGAGCGAGCCAGCGAACAAAAGGAGAAAAUUAAUGGAGAAAACAUGUUGCCUAUGUGUCAGUGGGAGAUGAUCAGGAAACAGAAGAUGAGAGAAAUAAUGGACGAUUCCCAUUUCAACUCAUCAUACUUUUGGUCUCCCGUCCCCACUGUACAAGGACAGAUCGAGAACGCCAUGUUCCUGAACAAGGCAAAGGAGCAGCUAGGUCCAGAGAAGGCUAAUGCGGGCUCCUUCCCUCACUCCUCUGCGUCUUCCACCUCCUCCCCUCACUACCCAACGGCUGUGCUCGCGAUCCCCGGCUCUGUGGACACAGGGGCCGGGGUGCGGGUCGUCCCGAAACAGGAAGGGGGUGGGGGUAAUGCAGGAGGAGGUGGCAACAGUGGCGGCGGGCCUUUAAGCGUGGUCGGGGGACACCUGCACCAGUCGCACACCUCGCAGAACAUCACCGUUGUGCCUGUUCCCUCUACGGGUAUCAUGACGGGGUUAGUGAUCACCACCCCUCAAGGCACGCUGGUCCCCACUGCCUCCACGCAGUCAUUUGUAACUGGACCCCACACUGCCACCACCAUGAUAGUGUCUGCACUGCACCCCUCAAAUGCAGACAAGAAAGAGGACAUUGGUAUCCCUCCUGCAGUUGUCAUGCCGACACCGUCAAAGCGAGGCAGGAAAAGCAAACAGGUGAUGGGCAGAGUGGCAGGAGUGGGUGGGGUCCUCCCUCCAGGAAGUGAUGCAUUAAUAUUGGCGCACCUCGCCGCUGGUGGACAGCACCAUAAUUCUGACCCAUAUGACCUGUCGAAUGAUGAGGAUGAUCAUACCAACAAGGAUGGCCCCAAAUCCUACAGGUGUCGGAUGUGUGCAGUGACGUUCUUUAGCAAGUCAGACAUGCAGAUCCACGCCAAGUCCCACACUGAGGCCAAGCCCCAUAAGUGCCCUCACUGUUCCAAGUCGUUUGCCAACUCCAGCUACCUGUCCCAGCACAUCCGCAUCCACAGCGGGGCCAAGCCCUACACCUGCACGUACUGCCAGAAAACAUUCAGGCAGCUCAGUCACCUACAGCAGCACACACGAAACCACACUGAGGCCAAGCCCCACAAGUGUCCCCACUGCUCCAAGUCGUUUGCCAACUCCAGCUACCUGUCCCAGCACAUCCGCAUCCACACCGGGGCCAAGCCCUACUCCUGCUCCUACUGCCAGAAAACAUUCAGGCAGCUCAGUCACCUACAGCAGCACACACGGAUUCAUACUGGUGACCGACCGUACAAGUGUAGCCACCCUGGCUGUGAAAAAUCUUUCACUCAGUUGUCCAACCUACAGUCUCACCGUCGGCAGCACAACAAAGACAAGCCGUACAAGUGCCACAACUGUAACCGUGGUUACACAGAUGCUGCCAGCCUGGAGGUGCACCUGUCCACACACACCGUCAAGCACGCCAAGCUGUUCUCCUGUGGCCUGUGUAACCGAUCCUAUACCUCGGAGACAUAUCUAAUGAAACACAUGAGGAAGCACAACCCCGACCCGCUAACAGUGGCAGCAACGGUAGCUGCUCAGCAGGCCCAGGGCCUUACGCCAGGUCGAGGCCGAGGCCGUGGCCGAGGGAGAGGCCGGGCAAGCCAGCACCAUAACCAGAACAACCCUAACAACAACCAGAACCCUAACCCUGGACCCCCAGGCAGCUACCAGUCACACCAGCAGCCCACAGAAGCUGUGGUUCAAUGCCCGUUUGACCUGCACCAGUACAAGACAGUGUCAGCCAGCGAGAUCCAGUACAAACCAGUCACUGUGGCAGACCUGCCAGUGACCCACAAAGACCUCUGCCUCACUGUCUCCACGUCAGCCAUACAGGUGGAGCAUAUGAACUCUUAGGCUGCGUCUUCCCUCUCUGUUUGAGGAAUUACUAAUUGUGUCUGCAGUGUAAAAAGGUCCAUAUGAACAAGUCAUUUAACUGUACUCAGUGUUAUCGUCUUCUCAAGUGAGAAAAAAUGGGUAAUAUUACCACCGUGUCAGCCAAAUGCAAAUCAUCUGGUUAAUUAGGAGUUAACUGAAAUUGAAAAUGUAACAAGACACGAGUGGAAUCAAUUAGAUUCACUUUCCUUCAGCUUUGAAUAGCAUUAUUUUAAAAGGGAGCGGCCGGAUAAAAGAUACAAGUUAGAUUGAAUCCACCCGAUGCCAGUUUUUUCCCUCUGUUUAAAGAAGCUUUAAUGCCGAGUACAAAAACAAAUUACUUGUUAGAACACAGAUAUUUUACAGUGUGCUUCUGGAUUCCUGAGCUCACUUAUGCCAAGUAUCUCUCAGUAGAAAUGCUGGUCUAUGACACUGAUAUAAGUCAGUUGUUUUUCAGCCUGGGACCACGUUCUUCCAGCCAAAACCUAUUCUCAGAUCAGUUUGGGCUUUUAUAUCAUUGUAAUUAUAAUUUAAAUAUAAACCUGAAUCUCUCAAAAGCAUCUUUAGUCCAGUUUGACCAUUAAACAUCUAUGAGUGGACGCUUUGUGAAACACACUGAUCCUAAACCAGCAGUUUUCUGAGAGUCUUGAUUAAAGAGGCUCACCGGUGUCCUCUCUCUUUUUUGUAUUGCAUUGUUUGCAGUCGACAUCAAGGAGGAAGAAGGUGUAAAAUAUCUGUGAAAUAAUAAAUGGCACGAUUCUCUGGACAUGUGUGGUCCAGAGAAUCGUGCCAUUUUUAAACACAUUCAGAUCACAUUAAUCUGAACAUUCUCCAUUAUUUAGUUCAAGCCAAAACAAGAGAGGAAAACAAGGCGAGGAAUCAAGGAGGACAGACUGUAUCGGUUCAUGAUAGCAACUGAGACAGCAGGGCAGUGCUACUGAUCUCAAAAAUCAGGAUGGACUAGAUUAAAAAUAAAAAAAAGUUUGAAUGGGUUUUGAAUGAAACUGCCGAAGGUGCCGCGGACAGCAGCGGUCGGAUCCGAAAGACUGAAUUGGAGCCUGAGAAAGAACCGCAAAAGAAAGAAAGGGAUGCGGUGUAUUACAGGAUUAAGCUAAAGCACGGGGCUGAAUCUCAAAGUGUGCAUUUCACAAAACUGCAGCCACCUCCCCUCGGACAGCGGGGAGCCGUGGAACCAUUUCUCUGUCGGAGCCCAAAGUGUCGAACAAAAGACGGGCCGGCUCAAGAAUGCACUAAAUGUGAGGAAUCUGCAGCGGAGCGAGAGAGAGAGAGGAAAAAAAGGGGUCGUGGGGUGGGAGGGGUCAUAAAGAAAGCACUUGAUGGAGCUUGUACUUCAUGCCUAUGUUUGUCAUCAUUGUACUUUUUUUUAAUAUAUCAUAUGUAUGUAUUUUUCUACCAACAGAAGAACGUGUGAACAAACAGAAAAAGCGAGUGCAGUGCAUGAAUGUGAAGGGAACAGAGAGAAAAGUCCUAACGGAGGGUUUUCCCUUCUUCUUUUUUUUCUUAGUAUUCAAAGAAAGACAGUUUACUUUCCUCCAGGGGGUAAAGACAGCCCAACUUGUCAUUGUCAGGGCAGCUGUUGGGGAAAUAAUGAUUGUGUGAUAAAAAUGGCUGACAGGUACUGUUAUCAAUCUUUUUUUAAAGAACUUUUCAUACAUAUUAUUACUACUUUCAUUAUAACUGUAUUGCAAAUGUUAUCCACAUUAUUAUCAAUCUGAGGCAUUAUUGUAUUGCAGUAUGCUGUACAUAAAUAGAUAGAAAAUACUUUUUCAUCAGUAAAAGGGAAGUAUGACCUGUAUAAAGCAUAUAUGGAAACUAAAGGAACUCAAAUUAACAAGUACCAAAUCAUUGGCUGUAUCCCAGGUCACCUUUUUGGUGCCGACGCACUGUAACCUCCUAAAAAUAAUGAUAGAAGUUUAAACUGUGUUCAAAUAUUUCUCUUUCGGUAAAACAUUUCUUCCAUCUUCAACCGCACACACACAUCCAUGGCGUUCCCAUCAAACUAGGAGUACUUCCACGCCAGCACAGGUGUUUUAUACGUGAAGCAUGGGCCGUGGUCGGGCGAGUCUUCUACCGCAGGGAUCAUUCCCUAUAUAUGAAAAAUGUAACAGAGCGUCUCCUCACUCAGAUUCAUGACUACAUUCAUUAUGACAUAACCAUGAUGUAACCUGAUAACUUGGUUAAUCGUGGUUCAUUUGUAGGAAUCAUUAACAGGGACUCUUGUUGUGUCACUGUGCAAAGUUGACUCCCUGCAACCUGUAAACUAAUUCUUAAACAUUGGUCACUCCUGUGAAUUCCUCCAUGAACACCUCCACGACUUGUCCGAGAACACAUCUGAACGUUUAAAUAACAUUAAACGAUGCUGUGACAUCGGUGACCUGGGACACCGCUGCCAUGUUUUUGUGCACAAAACUGUCUCUACCCAAUCAAAUGCGUUCAAGCAGCCGGUACAACUGGGCUGAUUGUCUCCAUGUAUACUCCUCCUUGUAUUUCAUUGUGUCUUUUUAUGAAAAAUAACACAUUCUCAAUAUUGUUAAUGUUUGAUGCUCCUGGUAAUAAUACAGUUAUUAACUGCCCUCUUAUGCUACACUCUUGCAUACUGUAUGCACAGUUACACCUCUUGCUCAUCUGAACAGACUGUUUCUUCCCUUAAGGAGAAUAAAGUUCGAAAACAGUUUCUGAGGAAAAAAGAAAA